AUGGUCAAGGCAGCACCGCUCCUUCGCAACAAGGAGGAUGUCAAUUUCAGCGAAGCUUUGAAGCUCUACGACGCCAAGCAGUACAAGAAGGCUUUGAAACUUGUGGAACAGAACCUUAAAAAGAACAGCAAUCAUGCCGAGCUGCUCACUCUCAAAGGUUGCAUUUUCUUCAAUACUGGAAAUAAAGACGAAGCCGAAGCUUAUAUCAUCAAAGGAACCACCAAGGAACCCACAAACUACUUGGUGAACCAUUUGGCCGGAAUCUAUUACCGGGGAGUUGAUAAUUACGAAUUGGCAGCAAAGUGGUUGAAAGCGUCGAUAGAUAAUGGGUCUCCCAACAAGCAAAUUUUGCGUGAUUUGGGCAUCAACCAAGCCCAGAUUCGUGAUUACAAGGGUCUCCUUGACUCUCGUCAGCAGUAUCUUGAACAUCAACCAGGGUAUAGAGCCAAUUGGACCGGGGUAGCAUUGGCACAUCAUUUGAACAAAAACUAUAAAUGUGCCGUUUCCACCCUUUCCAAGAUCGAAGGAAUCAUUAAGGAACAUCUCCAGGAGUCUGACCGAUACGAGCAGUCGGAAUGUGUACUUUAUAAGAAUCUGAUUAUUGCCGAAGCUGGAAACUUUGCCGAGGCACUUAAAGUGUUGGAUGCUGACGAUGUGGAAAUCAGAGACAAAUUAUCGGUUCUCGAGUACCGUGCACGCUACAUGAUGUGUCUUGGACAAAACAAAGAAGCUUCGUUGGUUUAUAGAAAGCUUCUUCAGCGGAACCCCGAAAAUGUUCUGUACUAUCGUCUACUUGAAAUCGCACUUGACCUUCAACAAACACCCGAGGACCCCAAAAUCGACACCAGGUUGAAGCUUUAUAGAAAACUUGCGUCGUUCUACCCCAGAUCGGAUCCCCCCAAAUUUCUUCCCUUGACAUUCGUGCCGGCAUCGCAUCCCGAGUUCAAGAAUUUGGUCAAUGAUUACGUCUUGGACCAACUCAAACGAGGAGUUCCCGCUACAUUUGUCAAUGUUAAACCGCUUUACAAAGACAAAGCCAAAGUGGCUGCCAUCGAAUCUUUGGUUCUUCAAUUCAACAAGGACCAAGCCAAAUCGUUGGGUCCGAGUGUGGUGGUAUGGACUGCCUACUUUUUAGCACAACAUUUCUUGCAUCUCAACGAUUUGCAAAAGGCCUCAGAGUAUAUCGACUUUGCCUUGGACCAUACUCCUACGUUGGUGGAGCUCUAUAUCGUCAAGGCACGCAUCUUGAAGCAUCUUGGAAAGGUGGAAGAAGCAGCAAAUAUCAUGAAUGCUGGGCGUAAGUUGGACUUGCAGGACAGAUUCAUCAACUCGAAGGCUACAAAGUAUAUGCUUCGAGCUAAUAGAGUGGACGAGGCCAUUGACUGCAUAUCGUUGUUCACAAAGUUGGAUGAAGGGUCGGUUAAUGGGUGCAAAGACUUACACCUUAUGCAAGCAAACUGGGUAUUAAUUGAAAGUGCGGAAGCCUACGCUCGCUUGUACCAUGUGUACAAACAGAAACUUGAGAAUGCUAAUGGAAACGAGGAAGAAGAAGCUGAAUUGCAAGAAAAGACAAACUUGUAUUUAGGACUUGCAUUGAAGCGGUUCUCGGCGGUUUUAAAAAUAUUCAAGAUUUUCUACGACGACCAGUAUGACUUCCAUUCGUAUUGUUUGAGAAGGGGAACACCCCGUGACUACAUUGAUAUGUUGAGAUGGGAAGAUAGGCUUCAUUCAACACCAGUAUAUGUGAGGUGUGUGAAAGGGUUGGCUGCUUUGUAUAUGGAGAUUGACCAAGAAAAGAAACAUAAAGCAGGUAAAGAUAAUCUGAAGUCUGCGAAAAAGAAGAAGAAGAACCAGAAAAAGCAGCUUGAAAGUUUGGCUGCUAAAGUCGAGUCUGAAAAGGAUGACGCUGAUCCAUUUGGUGCUUCUAUUCUUACCAAUCUUUUUUUAGAGAAAGAAGAUAUUUUUGAAAAAUUGCUUCAACUAAUCAAGCCUCUUACAACUGAGGCCGUCAACUUUGCAACUACUUGGGAACUCUCGUACCAAGUAAAUUUGAAGAAAAGGUCUUACAUUGCUGCAGUGCAAGCUAUCAAGAAGUUGAAUACUAUUAUUGGCAGCGAUGGUAAGCUCAAAAAAUCCAUUGGAGAUAAAGUUAUUGAGACUCUUAACACUGUCAAGCAGGAUACUACGGUGGUGCCGGCAAUUCCUCAAGUUGUGGAAAAGACAUUGGUAGCUUCAUUUCCCGAAUUGGCAGACGGACUUGAUGCGGUGAAGGAAAAGUAUGUGGACUAG